AUGGCGGUAGCGCUUCCUUCCAAGAAAAUUGAUGAGGCUCUUCAGCUCGCCUCAGAGGCACGAGAAUUGCUUCUUUUUUAUGGGCACAACAGAAAGGCCUGUGCUGCUUCACUUUUGCGUAUUCAGAGUCUCGUGCGUGGCCUCCUGCAGUGCACCUCUCUAAUGCAUGCCUAUGAUCAAACUCCCUACAGCAGCAGCAUCUAUAAGCAUGUCUCUCGAACUUUUAUGAGUGUCCUUGAUUUGCAGCUGGAAGGCGGCACCUUCAGUGAUGGUCACCGAGGCGAAGGGGUGACGCGUCGAACAGAGACAAGGGAAGAUUCAUUGAGUUCUGGGCAAUGCCUUGUGGGCGGCGACGCCGAUACUGUGACUGCGAGUGUGGACCCAUAUAGGCAGCCUGCUGCUGGCCGAAGCGUGCAGUGGGUAGACAUCGCGGGAUGUGAAGAAGCCAUCGAGGCCCUUAAACAAGCGACAACGCUCCCAUUGCGGUUUCCUCAGCUAUUUCAAGGGGUGCGACGCCCUUCACGACGCAUUCUGUUAUAUGGCCCACCUGGCACAGGCAAAACCCUUCUCGCCGCCGCCACAGCAACUGAGUAUGAGGCAACACUAUUGACCAUUUCUUCGGCAGACAUCCUUAGCAAGUGGAUUGGUGAAUCUGAGCAGCAUGUACGCGGUGCAUUUGAAACUGCGUCUCAACUUUCUCGUUGCGUCCUUUUCUUUGAUGAGGUGGACUCCAUCUGCAGCGUCCGUGGCGGGUCUAAUGAGAGUGAGGCCUCACGACGAAUCAAGACAGAGUUACUUCUUUGUAUGCAAAGUUUAAACUCAGAUAACGUCACAGUUAUAGCUGCGACGAAUAUGCCCUGGGAUUUGGACGCCGCCUUUCGUCGUCGAUUUGAUCAUCUUAUUUUUGUAGGCCUUCCCUCCCCGUCUGCGCGUCGCCAGAUUUUCAUGUCUCAGCUAAAGUACGUGCCACACUCUCUUAGCGACAAAGAUUUUGACUGGCUAGUCAACUGCACAGAAGGAUACUCAGCGUCUGACAUUCAGCAGGUUGCCAUACACGCUGUGAUGGAACCGGUGCGGAAGAUUACCCAGUCGGAGUACGUCAAACCGAUGCCUGCUGCAAUGACAUCCCACACCUCGAGCACGUGUUUCAUGUCGUGCUCUAAGGAGGAUGAAAAUGCUGUGCCUCUUUUUGAUAUCCCUGCUGCUGAGCUUCGGGUGCCAGAUGUGUGCCAAGAGGACUUUGAGAAGGCACUUCGUGAGUUUCCUCCAACAGUUUCCAAUGACGAGAUGGAGAAGUUCUGGCAGUGGCGCAGCCAAGUGAAAAAGGCGGGAGUUUAG